GCGCACUGACCAUAGAGAGGAAGACGUGGCUAGAAGGACGCCCGCCGAGCCGACCAACGGGACGGCGCCUAGAGCGUCAGUCCCCCAUCCCCUUCUGCAAUCAAAGCGAUUCUUAGCUAGGUGAAGGGAGUACCGCUUAGAAAGUUACAAGCCGCUCUGCAAAGCGUAGAUUUCGAGGGAAAAUUAUGCAGUUUUAUCAGGCUUUCAGGUUUGUUUGUGCGUUGGAAUCGUUCACGUCCCACCCUCCUGUAAAAUAGUCUGGGGAGGAGUCUGUUGAACCAGAAAAGUACAGAGCUGUGGCCAGGAAUGACGGUGUCUCCGCUUGCUUUCCAGCUGUACCCUGGCAAGUGCAUCAGAUCCUCUCUGAGAUGAGUUCACCUUCCAACCCCAGCACCAUCCCAUCCAUAUUCCUAAUUUGUGGGUUCUCCGGAAGAGCCUGGCAGAUGGCCGCAUUAAGUUCAAGUGCUGGUGUCAGAUUUAUCUUUGAGCGAGAAUUUACUUGAAACCACAUCAGCCUGAGUUGGCAGAACCCGGACGGCCUCACAUAGCACCAGGGUGCAUCUUGCAAAAUUUGAAGUCGGGUCUGAAAGAGGUGUUUGAGUUUCUCUCACCCUUCCCCAUUUUACAGAUGAGAAAAAAUGAGGCCUACAAAAGAAUCCUAGAAUUCAGAAUCCUUAACAUCAGCCUUUUAUCGUAACCAUGAGGGUCCAACCUUUAGAGGAAUCGCAAGAACGUAUCCUGCAUAAGACAGGAUAUUUAAACUCGCGGUUUUCCUGACAAUCACUGCACUGACUUGCUAACUCCAUCCUGGGAUAUGAGACAGUCAAAAUACAUUCUUAGCUUCUAGAACUUGUGCCUUUAACCUCUGGGUUAAACACUGCUAUUGCUAGCACUAUUUUGCUAAUUCAAACUGGGUUUAAGACAUGUCAUGAGAACCUGUUGUUAAUGCAGGAUUUGAGGAAAUUGUGAAGAUGGCUAAAACAGCCCCAACCUUUCAGGAGCACAUACCCGAACAAAAGAUUCGAAUACCCGGGGGGCAAGAAAGGAAAUUUGGUAAUUUUUGUACAGCCAGAAGAGUUUCAACCACCCCUGUCAACUGGAGUUGGAAAUUAAGUGACUUUCCACUUUGCAGUGGUACAAACCUGUUAUCACAACACUCUGGAGACUGAGGCAGGGGGUUGUGAGUGUGGAACAUAAGUCUGAGACCAGCUCAGGAACAUAAUGAGAUUCUGGAGGGCAAAGAGGAGGGGGUAUGUGACUCUUCCUCCCAGGAGACUCAAGAACCCUUUCUCCUCCAUCUGUGCUAUUAGGUAGAAAUCAGCAGACCCACAGCAGUGAAGUCCGUGGCUCAGGCAGAUCAGCUAACUCAGGAGUAGACCCUUACAAGGGGCUUUGGGGAAUACGGAGGAGCUGGUGAGUUGUGUGGUAGAGACACGGCAUAAGAGAACAGAAUGGAAGCAGUAGACAGAGUGCAGAUAAAACACAAGUCCCAGAGGGCCCUAGCCAGCUGCAUCCCAGGCAAUCUGGAGCCCGGGAUUGGAGACCCCACCCCUGCUGUGACAUCACAGGGGAGUGGAGCGCAGAAGACGAAUAAAAAGGUGGUCCGCCCUGGCCCUGGACGGUUGGCAGCCAGAGUGUCAAGAGGAGAGAGAGGGGGACUGACUACAGUUGCCUGGCUUACAGGAUCUUUUCCUCAAGUCCCACUAAGCGACCCACUCCAGGCCUUGAUCUCCCUGUCCUGAGGUCGUCUCUCUGGGCUGCCAUCUACGGCCGUUCUGAGUGACUGUGACUUUCUCAAUAUGAACUGUAUAUCAGACUUCUUCACCUACGAGACUACCAAGUCGGUGGUUGUGAAGAGCUGGACCAUUGGGAUCAUCAACCGAGCCGUCCAGCUGCUGAUCAUCUCCUACUUUGUGGGGUGGGUUUUCUUGCACGAGAAGGCCUACCAAGUGCGGGACACUGCCAUUGAGUCCUCGGUAGUGACAAAGGUGAAAGGCUUCGGACGCUAUGCCAACAGAGUCAUGGACGUGUCAGAUUAUGUGACCCCACCCCAGGGCACCUCUGUCUUUGUCAUCAUCACCAAGAUGAUCGUCACUGAAAAUCAAAUGCAAGGAUUCUGUCCAGAGAAUGAGGAGAAGUACCGCUGUGUGUCUGACAGCCAGUGUGGGCCUGAGCGCUUCCCGGGUGGGGGGAUCCUCACUGGCCGCUGUGUGAACUACAGCUCUGUUCUCCGAACCUGUGAGAUCCAGGGCUGGUGCCCCACCGAAGUGGACACCGUGGAGAUGCCUAUCAUGAUGGAAGCCGAGAACUUCACCAUUUUCAUCAAGAACAGCAUCCGUUUCCCUCUCUUCAACUUCGAGAAGGGAAACCUCCUGCCCAACUUGACAGACAAGGACAUAAAGACAUGCCGCUUCCACCCGGAAAAGGCCCCAUUCUGCCCCAUCUUGAGGGUAGGGGAUGUGGUUAAGUUUGCUGGGCAAGACUUUGCCAAGCUGGCCCGCACGGGUGGCGUUCUGGGCAUUAAGAUCGGCUGGGUGUGUGACCUGGACAAGGCCUGGGACCAGUGUAUUCCCAAAUAUUCCUUCACUCGGCUGGACGGAGUGUCGGAGAAAAGCAGCGUUUCCCCUGGCUACAACUUCAGGUUUGCCAAGUACUACAAAAUGGAGAAUGGCAGCGAGUACCGCACCCUCCUGAAGGCUUUCGGCAUCCGCUUUGACGUGCUGGUGUACGGGAACGCUGGCAAGUUCAAUAUCAUCCCUACCAUCAUCAGUUCCGUGGCCGCCUUCACCUCUGUGGGAGUGGGCACGGUUCUCUGUGACAUCAUCCUGCUCAAUUUUCUGAAAGGGGCUGACCAUUACAAAGCCAGGAAGUUUGAGGAGGUGAACGAGACAACCCUGAAGGGCACCGCAUCUGCCAACCCAGUGUUCCCCAGCGACCAGGCCACUGUGGAAAAGCAGUCCACAGACUCAGGGGCCUACUCCAUCGGCCACUAGGGCCUCUUCCCAGGGCUCCACGCUCACCCGUAGGCUGCAGAACCUCCAACACGCCACUCUGUCUGGGCAGAAAGGGGUGGGAUGGGGGGAGGAGAUGGGCUCUCAUUUCUGCUGCUCACCCCAAAGACCACAGCCAGGUACCCAGGCCCCCUGUUCAGCAGACAGGUAGUGCUUCCCGCUAAGACCCGAGUCUUGCAUUUAUCCCUUGCAUGCCUCCCCUCUGCUUCCCAGGGUCCUGGGACAGCAGAAUCCAUCCCUUUCCAAAGGAUAGAGAAAAUGGUUGCUAUAGUUACACCCAUAGGGGCCUACAAGUACCAGGCACUUCCAUACACAUUAUCUCAUUGAGUCCUAAAAUAAUCCUAUAGGGUGAUUUCCAUUCUUUGAUUUUGAAGAGAAGCAAAGGGUCAGGGAGACAGAGUCAUUUGCCCCAGGCCAUGUGGCCAGAAAGUGAGGGUUCUACCCAGGUCCUUUGCCCACAUCCAUGAGGGGAGAAUGAGCUCCCUGGUUAUCUGCCCUUUGUGUCAGUUGCCCUUUCCUGCCUUUCCCAUGGCCAGGUCACCAGGGAGCUUUCUCUGGGAUGCAGGCCUGACUUUAGAGGAGCCCAGUGAGAUGGAGUAUAAACUCUCAUUUCUGACCGGGCCAAGCCCAGCUUCAGAAGAAAUAGGAGAUAUGACUGUCAGUGAACUUUUCCUUACCUCACCAUGUAUCUCAAGCCCGAGCUGAGGAACAGACCUUCCUUCUCCAGUUAGACCCUCACGCAUCUGGACCCUCGCUUCAGAAUCCAGAUAGAACACACACACACGCACACACACUCGCACACGUGCACACACACACACACACUCGCACACACACACACACACACACACACACACACACGACAGCUGAGAAGUGGUUGUAGAGCCUAGCACCAGGCCCCAGGACAUCAGUUGUCUUUGUCUAAAGCACUGUUGGAAAAGCCUCAGGUAUGGGCUCAGGAUGUAGCUGUGUAGGUAGUAUUUGUCUAGGAUGUGCAAAGAAAGCCCUAGAACCCACGCCCAGCGCGAUACAUACCGUAUGGUAGUGAGCCUGUAAUCCUAGCACUCAGGAGGUGGAGACAGGAUGGAAAGUUCAUCUGUGGCUAUGCAGUAAGUUUGAGGCCAGCCGGGACCCCUGAAACUGUCUCAGAGAAGAAGUGGGAGGCAUAGUGAAAUGCAGUCCCCUGUGAGCUCCCAGUCAGGUCAGCCAGGCCUGUUCCACGUGAUCCUAAUCGGUGAUCAGCUAGGAGCUAAUGGGGCCUCAGAAACCAUCCUGUCCAACCCUCUUGCUUACAGAUCAGAAACUCUGAGGCCAGAAGUGGAAAAGGGCUUGCCUUGUGUCAUCAUAGGGGCCAAGAGAGAGCUCGGGUGUCCUGUGCUCACAGAAGGACGCUAUUGAGCAGCAGCCAAGUCCGUCUUGUCUCCAUUGCUUAGAUGUCCCACCUCCUCUCUGGGCUUUUAAAGAAAAGAGGACAUGGAGAGGAAGCUCUAAAUUGCACAGGGCAAGGUUAGGGAAAAGAGGCUUUUUUGUUUUGAUUUGGGCUUUUUUGGUUGGUUGGUUGGUUGGUUGGUUGGUUGGUUUUUGAUGAACGGACUUUGCUGUAUAUCCCUGAGUGGCCUCAGCUUUAUAACCCUCCUCCUUCAACCUUUCCCCAGUUUGGGGAUUUACAGGCAAGUGCCAUCCCCCAGUUGGGGGAAUACAGAAUUAGAUAUCAGAGAGGUUCGUGCUAGUGAGUGGGCCUGAGGUACAAGCUUCCUUUAGUGUCAGGGCCAAUCUCCUCUGGGAACAUGGGCGUGAUGGUGAGGUCUUAGCAGAGAUGAGCAUACAUGUAGACAGAGGGCUGGCCCCUCGCCAGAAGGUACAGAGAGCUGUGGGGAAGGAUAGUGGGGAGGCUUCUAUAGGCAUGCCUGGGCAGACCUAACCCCAAUGAUCCCCACCCCAGGCGGAGACGGGGUGAGAGUCUUCCCACCAGGUUCGUCAACCCUUCCCUCACUCUGCUUGCUCACAGCCCCCAUCAUUAUGGGCAAUGGGAUACCGUCUCCCCGGCACCAGCAUCCAGAGACCUGGCCAGGCUUCAUCUCCAGCAGAGACAUCAGUUAGGGACACACAUCCUCCAAUAAGGAGGCACACAGGCCCCCUUUGAGCUGAGACUGAGUUCACAGGAGGAGAUGGAGACCUUGUGUCCUGAAAGGGAACUGUACCCCAGGCUAGGAUAAGCUCCCCCAGGUGCCUGUGCCUCUUCUGAACCUUCCAGUAAGUGGAAAGCCCCAUUCUCUGUUCCCUUUGAAUCAAGUCCACUGUCAUGUGCUAGCUGUAGGCUAAUAGAAAUCACAGCAGCAAGCUGUACCUGAUACCCUGUGUUUACUCAGCGCCGUCACCGACGUUAUCACACAGGCCCUGGCCACACCUGCUGAGGUUCCUGUGGCUUGUUACUCUUUUUGUUUGGUAGAAAAACAAAUACACGGUCCUGAGAACUAGA